AUGGCGGAAAAAUGGAACUUAUUCGAAAUACUAAAGGAAACCUUCAAAAAAGGACUUCAAAACCCAGAAGAAAUCGGAGAUCUUGUUCCAUUUGAUGUUCUUGCCACUGGAUUACAAUUAUCGGAAACAAACUCAGUUAUUGAGAUCAAAAAUUCCACAGGAAAUUCGAAGAAACAGAGGGUUUUUGAGAAUUUCGUAGAAAAUGAAACAAAGAAUGUUGUGUUGAAAUCCGAAGCGAAAAGUUAUGCGAUGUUUAUUGAAGUUGAGAAUACAAAAACUGGCGAAGCUUCAGAAUUUCAAUUUCCUGGUGUACAUUUUUGCUCUUGUGAUUAUUUCAAGGUAAUUUUUUUCAAAAUUAUGAGGAUUUUUAUGACUUUAAUUUUUUUAAAGCUCUUGAAAAUUUUUUUCAGCAGUCAGUUCUGGAAAAUUCGGAAGAUUGGACAUGUUGUCAUCUGAUUGCUUCAAAUGUAACGAAAACUUUUAAGACAUCAAAUUGUGAUUCGGAAAUAAUUUCGACUGUUGUUAAAAAACUAAUCGUCAAACCUUUUGUAGAAAAUCAUAAAUAA